AACACACAUCUUACAAAGCCCAGAGAAGGUGCGCGGCUAGUCACCGGCGAACACACACAUUAUUUUCAAAAUCCCCCAUGACUGAAGAAUCCUAGAGUGACAAAUUUUAAACGAAUUGUGAUGCCCUUGUGAUCUAACUUACGAAAUUUCAAAAAGUCGAAUGUGAUUAUUAUACUAAAGGCCCUUUUGGAAAUUUUCAGUAUUUUUUUUAGAAGAAAUGAGUGAUACAAAAGUGAAAUUGAAAGAUGUGAUAUCGCGUUUUGGUUUUUGAACUCUUUUUCGAAUUGUGAUCAAUUUUAAAUCCGGACUUUUGUGAUAAAUUUCGACUUCUUUGUGAUAUAUCUCGACUGACUAUUUUAACAAAAUGUUACUAAACACAAUUAAAAUUAAAUCGAACACUCUAGCCAAUUUUAGAAAAAUGUUCAACACAAGAACUAUUUUAACAUACUUCAUUCUAGUGUUACUGGUACCAUUUUCGAUAACGGAAAAACACAAUAGGCCAAAUAGUAUACAAAAACGGCGGAGUCCAGAACCUGACGAACCAAGGCACACUUCGGGCUGCCAUAGUUGUAGAAUGAGAGAAGAGAUCAAACAGAGAAACCUGAUGGUCAUCAAAGACGAGAUCCUCAGGCGGAUAGGCUUCGAGGAAGCGCCCAAUAUUACGGGAAAGGCUCUUCCUCAGGUUCCGUCCGAAUAUCUCAUGAGGAUAGAGGAGGAGAACGGAGGUAUGCAGAGCGAUCAGCCUCAAUUUCGGAGCGGCUAUACCGUGGUGGAAGAGGAGGAUGACUAUCAUGUGAGGACACAGCAGAUCAUCGCUUAUGCACAACCAUAUCCAAGACUGAGGCAUAAAGGCCGUGAUAUCUUACAUUUCUCAUUUAGUGACAGUAAUACCAAAUUUCAAGUGAGCAAUGCGUCUCUCUCAGUAUACAUCAAGGGGGCAGAUAGGCGGACGCCCCAAACCGUAGUCUUAGAGGUGUUUAAAAUUACCGACCAUUCCGAUCCCGCAGCCUUUCACAUGGUUUAUGCCAAGAAGUUCCUUCAACCAGACGGGAAAGGGGACUGGGUGAAGAUCGACUUCACGGAAACAGUUUCCGAGUGGUUUAAGGAUCCAGAUGGGAACCAUGGUUUUAUCGUGAACGCGACGUUAAAUGGCAAAAAAGCUUUGGUGACGGAUGCUACAUCUGACAAAGUCAAAAGAACACCUUUUGUUGAAAUUUCCACCGUAGAAGCCAAACAUCGAGUCCGUCGUAACAUCGGUCUCAAUUGUGACGACGAGUCCAACGAGACCAUCUGCUGUCGCUAUCCACUAAUGGUCGACUUUGAGGCCAUCGGCUUGGACUUCAUAAUCGCCCCCAAGCGUUACGACGCCUACAUGUGCUCAGGGGAAUGUCCUUAUGUAACGCUGCAGAGGUACGCUCACACGCAUCUAAAGCAAAUCGCGAAACCUGUGAGUUUACCUCCUUGUUGCACACCGAGGAAGCUAGGCAGUAUUUCCAUGUUGUACUUCGACCAGCAUCUUAACGUGGUGUACGGUUCUCUACCAGGGAUGGUAGUGGAGAGGUGUGGUUGUAUGUAAUAGUGCUGUGAAAAUAAUUUUACGAAAAGUUUAUGAAAAAGCUGCGUUUUUGGUUAAUUAUUUUAUGUUUGACUUUGGUAAACUAUUAAACUGAAAUUUUAUUUGACAAGUUACAACAAAUUGUAAAUAUUGAGUGAUAAAUAGUGAUAAAUAUAAAGAGUUUACAUCGUCCAAAUGAAUGAAGUUUAAGCAGAAAGUUGCAUUGUGCGAAAAAAAAUUACUGGAAAGAAGAACAUUUUAGCUAACAAUAAAACACUGAAAACGUUUGUUUUCUAUACUUCCACAGAAUUGAUUAUAACUAAGUGACUACAGCUGUUUCGGCAGAGUGCCUUUCUCAAGUGAUAUAGUUUACAAUGUGUUUGCCUUUUUAAGUCUUCAACUGAAGAGGUUGAGGAGUGGGGAGCUCUUUGUCUCGAGUUAGUCAUACAGAAUUAUAUCUGUAUUUUUCAGUUUAUUAAUUUCCAUAGAUUCUAAAAAAGAUAGCUUAAGGCCUUUAUUUUGAAUAUGCAGAAUUUCAAACCCUUCAUUGAAAGAAUGAUUAUGAUCUAGAAGGUGAAGUGCGUAUAUAGAAGUGUCUGUUUUUCUAUUGUUGAAUGCCCUUUUGUGUUCUGCUAUCCGUUUGUCAAAAGUUCUACCAGUUUGACCCAUGUACGUUUUCGGACAGUCACCACAAGUUAGUUUGUACACACCACUCUGUAGUUGCUUUCUCUUUCGGCUUUUAUUGUUUUUAAUAUGUUUGCUUAAGUUGUUGUUAGUUCUGAAAGCUGGUGUUAUUCCUUUCUUUUUUAUGUAUCUGGCUAUUUUUGUUGUUAUCUUGCCAGUAUAUGUGAGAGAGCAGAAGGUAUUGGGUUCUUUCUGUGGCGGUGGAUACACUAAUUUCAGGGCUUUCUUAUGUAGUUUUUGGUUUAAAAUUUUGUUAACUGUUUGUUCGUUAUAGCCGUUGUUUACUGCUAUUUGUUUAAUGAUGUUUAGUUCUAUCUCGAAGUUAUUUUUUGUCAUGGGAAUUUCUGUCAGUCUAUGUAUCAUGCUAUGGUAGGCUGCUAAUUUGUGUUGUGUAGGAUGGGAUGAUGAAUUGUGUAUCUUGUCCUCUUCAGUUGAAGACUUAAAAAGGCAAACACAUUGUAAACUAUAUCACUUGAGAAAGGCACUCUGCCGAAACAGCUGUAUUCACUUAGUUAUAAUAAAUUCUGUGGAAGUAUAGAAAACAAACGUUUUCAGUGUUUUAUUGUUUGAUAAAAUGAACUUCCAUCAAGUAACGGUCGAAUCGAUCAAUUAAGAACAUUUUAGACUUCUUGAUUUCGAAUCGUAGUAUACUAUAAACUAUGUGAUAACAGUAACAAUGCCUAUCUGUUUAGUUACUCUUAAGCGUUUUAGCUUUAGAUGGUAGCAAUUAAAGUCUAAAAGUAUUUCAUGGAUACUUUUAUUUUGAUUUAUGAUCAUCAUCAUCAUUAUUCAAUUUUCGCUUGUCGAUUGCUGGACAUAGAUCUUCCUCAUAAUUUCCAUCUGAUAUUGUGUCGCUUGCAUCCAAUUCCUAUGGCAACGUUUUGCUCCUCAGUCCAACGUAUUGGUGGACGACCUCUGCUUUGGUAAGCAUCAUCUCUUGGCCUCCAUUCUAGUAUCCGCUUUGUCCAUCUAUUAUGUAUUAUUCGAGCUAUGUGACCUGCGAAGUUCCUCUUCAGUGUUGCUAUUCUUUCUACAGCAUCAGCCACUCCUGAUGUUCGUCCAAGCUGGUAGUUUGGGAUCAUUUCUGGCAGUGAAACGCCCAACAUAGCAUGCUCCAUCGCCCUCUGAACCACACGGAUCGUUUACACUGCUCUCCUUGUCAUAGUAAACAUUUUCGCUUCUUAAGUCAGCACUGGUAAAACACACACUAACAACACACUGAUUAAAGGUUUUGAUCCAUUAGCACUUAAAUAUGUAUUCACAAGCUUGAAUUUGUAUAUUUUAUUGUAUUCCCAAUGUCUGGUAAAAGUCAUCAGUUGUUUUGUUGGGCCGUCAUUUUCUGCUAUCUACUAAAUUCCAUAGUUUGAGUAUGGUACGAUUUGUAUAUCAAGUGCGCAUGUAAUACAUAUACUGUAAUCUGUAAUAUACUACAUUUAUAUUCAAAAACAGGACCUCAUUAUUCUUGUAAUGCCUAUCCAUUCCAGAUGUUAGCGAUCAUCAGAGCAAUUUUGAUUUUUAUUGCAGCUACUCGAAAAAUGCCUAUUAACUAUUAUAUCGAAAUAAGUUUUUGGGUUAUGGGGCCAUGACAUACGUCAUCUUCCCGGUCCACUCUUACCAAAUGCUUUCUCCUCAAUGACCAAAUGAAGUAAAUUUAAAUAAUACAAUUAUAUAUAAUCAUCAAUGAUAUUGAAAUUGUCGUUAUUUUUUAAUGAUUUGAUCGAAGUUGUUAAGGUUGAUACCGACAUGUAUUAAGCAGUAUUUUUUACUCUAGUAACAACUAUUUCCGAUAUGUAAAAUAUUUAUUUUUUUAUAAAAAUUAAAAAUUAAAAUUAAUGAUUAUGGUGUAAGACGUCCUAUGUUACACGUCGUGGUGCAAUUCAUUCUAAUCCUGAGAGAGCGCUUAAAUAAAUACCUAUUAUGUCUAUAAUAUUUUUUCAGUCUCAAUUGAACGUCUCUUUACUUUAAGUUACCUUUUUUCCCUCUAUUGUCAUUCACCUUUACGGUGUACACUCAGCUUCAUUUUAGUACAGUCUGUCUGGAUACAUAUGUAUACUCAUCACACCAAUUAGCACAAAUUCCCACCGUAUAUAGCAAAAACUCAUCACCUCAAUAAUAUCAGGAUUUUAAAAGAGACCUGGAGAGAUUUUCAAACUGAUCACUGGAAUAUCAGCCUACCCCCAUGGCACUUAACCCAGAAAAAGACGAGCCACUCUGUGAUAUACAUACAUCUGAUACAUAUGAUAUAAAUACAUAAGAAUUUACGCCUAAUCAUCGGAAGCUACUUUGUGGCGCCACAGAGUAGCGCUGUAGAGUGGUUCGUCUGUUUCUGGGCUUAAAGACCAUAAAUAGGCCACUCACCGUGAGACACUCGAUAUAAAUAUGUCAGUUAAAUAUUAAAAGAGUCUGUUUAAAUUUUUUCUCAAUGUAAUGGAUUACCACAUAAACAAGAAGUGUAUAAUAGGUAUCAGGCAAUCUUCCACAUUACAAACCAGCACAUUGGGGCAAAAAAUGCUAGUGAUGAAUUUACCUAUCUGAGGUGAUGAGAUUAUGGGACUCCAAAGGAUGCCAGUGACAAGAUCAUAUGUCGGAGGGUCUAACAAGUUUAUGGGUGACUAUAAUGUGAUGAGUUCAUAGGCGUAACCAGGGAGGGAGGGUUUUGGGGGUUAUAACCCCCCCUCCAUUGGGAUGGACUUUGAGCUCUAUACGCUUAACACCAUACCCCUCAGAGACCUUCCAGUAGUAGUAACCCCCCUUUCCAGUAGUUGUAACCCCCCCUUAGGAUCAUCCUGGUUACGCCUAUGGAUGAGUUCGUAUACGUCCGUCUUUCUAUGGUGUAUUUACAGCAUCAUUUUAAUACAAUUUUUCCACCUUUUGGCGCUCUUUUUUUUGAAUUCACUAUAUAUUUAAUAAGUUGUUACUAGGUAAAUGUAAUUAUUGAUCUCUGGUGAUAUUUUAGAUAUUUUAUUAGAAGUAAUUUAGUUGUCUAAAUGUUUAAUGAAGAGUAAAUCAUUAAAAAAUAAAAAUAUGACACAUACAAAUAUCUUUAAAAUAUUACUUCAUAAAAUUUUGUUCAACACAAUAUACACUUAUUUUUUAAAUGUUUUUUAAAAGUUAAAUAUGUCAAAAAUUAAUUAUAACAUAAAAUAUUUAUAAACAUUUUUCCAAUGCGCCAAAAACUCAGCUCUUUCUUUUAGUAACUUAAAAGUGUAUUUUUAGGAAAAAGAUCUGUACAUUUUUCAUAAAAGAGUUCUUUAAAGUAGUGCCAUCCGCCCUUCUACAUAAAGACUUUAAUCAGUAAUUUAUUUUCAUAUCAUGGGCAUACAAUUCCAGAAAGUAUGUGAAAUUUUAGAUUUUAGUCGAAAUAUGACAGCGCUGUAUAUAGACACAUCCCCUCCCCUCAAGACAUACAAACUAACUGACACUCUAUUUUUUAAUUUAGUGAAUACGUCGUGAGAUGAUAAAGUUUGUGUGUAGGUACAAGAAUAUAAUCUUAAGAUAAAUCUUAAAAUGUGGUUGGAUUGGUUUAAUCAUAUUGACAUAUAUUUGACUGAGCAACAAACAAAAUCAACACCAUUUUGGUAGAGAUAUGUAAUGUUUUGAAAGACCAUUUCAUUUAUAAAAUACUUUAUUCUUCUUUGACGAGUUACUUCUAACUUUAUAAUGAAUUUCUUCUUCUUCUUUUUCGGCUUUUUCCCAUUGUAAGUUCGUCAUUUUCGUCCUUUACAGAAUUCUAUUCCCCCAGUCACCUUCUCUAAGGUCUCUACAUAGCACUUUCUAUGUAGGUACGUUUUCCAUUUCGUAGCAGGUCUUCCACUCAGUCUUCUUUCCCCUGGGUCCCAAUCCAAUAUUCUUUUCGACCACCUGUACUCUGGCAUUCUUUGUACAUGCUCGUACCACUACAUGGCUCUGUUUUCCAACCUUUUUGUAAUUGAGAUGUUGUCAUUGACCAUAUUUUCACUCCAUACAGGGUAAUACUAAUCAUUAUAAUCUGAGAGAUCCUUCUUUUUCCUUUGGUUAUAGUGUUCUUCGAUAUUAUUCCAUGGAGUGCUUUCGUGGCUUGUUUUCCUGGUGCUACUUUCAUUCCUAUAUCUUUCAUCCAAGUAUCAUGUCGGCUUAUCAUUGAGCCUAAAUACUUAAAAGUCUUACAACUCUUACUCUCUUCUUAUAAAUUGAGUUCAAUUCUGCAACCUCGAAUUUACUACAUAAGUAUUAUGUCUUGAUCAUAUUUAUAGUAAGUCCCUUUUGCUCAUAUUCUUCCUACAAUUUCCUUUUCAUAUAUUCCAUGUCCCUGUCUUCUUUCCACGAUGGAAAAAGUCUCCUCUAUUUUAUUGAUAAACAAAAAUGUUUAUAUUAUGUUUGGCUUGUUCUUUAAAAUUAGUAUAGGUAUAGUAAGAAAAAGACAAAUAUCUUAGAGAUUAAAUAUUAUAAAAUACACAUCAUAUAUUUUGACAAUGUUACAAGUAACCUGAUCUAAUACCUAAAAAAGCUAUUUUUGUACAACUCAAAAUAAACACAAACUUUAUUUUCUCACUGAAUUUUGUAAAUAUAAUCGUGAAAUCCCCAAAAUACAGAAGCCCCUAACAAGUUGUGGAAACUUAUCGUUAAAAACAUAUACAUAUUAACAAAUAUUUUUAAAUCCCCCUGUGAAUGUUCACAACUUAUUGUAAAUAAAUUGUAUAAAUUUAUGUGAUAUGCUUAGAUAUAAGAAUUCUUAUAUUUAUUUUUGUAGUUAUUUAAAAAAAAAUACAAAGAGACCAGUAAAAUCUUGCACAAAUUUUUAAACUUUUAAAAAUGUCCAAACGGAUUGCUUUUUGUGAUAAACUGCCUUAAAAAUAUUUUUGGAAGAUUUGUUAAAAUUCAGGAUAAUUCUUUCUAAAGGUAGUUUCUAAAUAGUUUCAAAUUGUUGUAUAUAGACUGUAAAAAUGUCUUAUAAUACGAAUAUAGAUCUCGAUAAUCGAUUAAGGAAUAGGUAUUUCCAAAUUUGUUUGUACCUUUUGCACCAAUCAUGCAAUCAAUUAUCUAAAUAUAUUAUUUAUCAAACCGUAGAAAAUUUAAAAAAAAUAAGAUUGAUCAGUUUCCUCUUACUUUACUCUUCUCUUUUAGCCUUUUUAUUCAAGUGUCAUCAUCUAUAAACGUUUGACUCUUAGGACUGAAAAUUUAAAUAAAGGCUUCUAUGAAGGUCGCAGAAAGCUAGUGAAAUAAAAAAAUUGCAAAUUAGUUUUUACUAAUUUUUUAAUCCAGGUACAUGUCACUAGAAGGGACUGCCUUUUUGUUUUUUAGAUUGUUAUCUAUCAUUAUCUGGUAAGCCUCAAUAAUCCCUGGCCAUAUUAUUAUGACCACCUAUGAAUUUUUAUAAAAAUCAACUAUUCCACUAAGUACAUUUUGUUUAAAAAUUAUUUUUAAAUUUAAUAUUGUUAUGUAAUGUUAAUGUUAUGCAUUAACUAUAAUAUAUUUAAUAAUAAACAGCAAUAAAAUAUUUGAAAAUAUUACAUAUAUUUUAUAUUAUAUAAAUUUAUAUUAUAUAUUUUUUAAUAUUUUGUUGAAUUCCUUACCUUAAUCACAUAGAAAAUAUUUUGGAGCUUUAAAACCAGAAAUUUCCAGUGAAAAGGUCACAGACAAAAUUGUUUUGAUUGAAGAACUAAUAUAUCAUUGGAACCACAAUGACAAAUUGAAGCAAAGUGAAUUUAACUCCAUUCAAAUUAUGACUAGCGGUAAUCAAAAUUAAAGGGGGCCCAACAAAAUAUUAAAAAAUAUAUAAAUAUGGCAUAUUUUCAAAUGUUUUAUUGCUAUAUAUAAUAUAUUUAAUAAUAAACAACAAUAAAACAUUUGAAAAUAUCACACAUUUAUAUUUUUUUAAUAUUUUGUUGAGCCCCCUUUAACUUUGAUUGCCGCUAGUACCCGUCUUGGCAUACUUUGAAUGCAGUUAAUUUCACUUUGCCUCAAUUUCUCAUUGUGGUUCCAAUUAUUUAUUAGUUCAUUAUAAAACAAAUUUGUUUGUGACCUUUUCACUGGAAAUUUCUCAUUUUAAAAGAUCCCAAAUAUGUUUUAUGGGAUUAAGGUCAGGAAUUCAAUAAAGUAUUAAACAAUAUAUAAAUAUCUAAUAUUUUCAAAUAUUUUAAUGCUGUUUAUUAUUAAAUAUAUUAUAGUUAAUUUAUAACAGUAACAUUACAUAACAAAAUUAAAUUUAAAAUUAAUUUUUAAACAAAAUAUACUUAGUGAAAUAGUUCAUUUCUAUAAAAAUUCAUAGGUGGUCAUAAUAAUAUGGACAGGGACUGGUCAAAACAUUUUAUAAUGAGACCACAGUAAAAACAUUGAGAAAAAAAGACAGGAACUCAUACCUUAUAAUGGUUACAAACAUAUAAAAUUUACUAUUUUAUUUGGGAAUAAGCCACAAUUUAAUUUCAAACUUAAAUUGUGGCUAAUUCCCAAAUAAAAUAGUAAAUUGGAUAAGAUGCCACAAGAAAAUAGCUUCAGAAAAACAUAUAAAGUGAUGUUCGAACGUUACAAUACAAUAACAGAAAUAAUGCUAUUAAAAAAUAAAUAAGCUCUAGAUUAUAAUAAUUAUUAUAUAUGUUUAGUGUAGUUGGUAAUCAGUUGUCUUCGGUUUUUUUAUAUUUAAAUGACGAAAUUGCAAAAACAACUGAUAUUUUAGCAUUCUCAAAGCUAAGAGUAGAUUUUUAAAAUAAAAUGUAAUAACUUAACAUUUUCACUUAAUUUCUUUUUUGUUAAUAUUUUAUCUAGGUGAUAAACGAAGAAAAUAAGAAAAAUGUUAAAGUGCGACAGGUAAACAGAAAAGAGUAAAAAGAGGAAAUUAUUCAAUCAACCUAAUGUAUUUUCCAUGCUUAAGAUGAUUGGAAAAAGGUUUGAAUCAAUUUUAAAAUUCUUAUUACUGAGUAGAUGAUGUAGUUUUAUGUUAUGGAUUUUGAAAGCUAUAUAAAUUUUAAAUCGUAUAUUGUAUCGUAUAAGUGUACUACAUAUCUAACUAAAAAAACCUUCCGAGUUUGCUGAUAUAGUUUUUGAACAGUCCAAUUUCUAGUACUAUUCAAUAUUUACCUGCAUGACUUCUUUAAGGUGCAACAUGGAAGACAAUCUGAUGGAAUUAUAACUCAAGCACUUAUUCUCCUCACUGGCAAAACCAAAAUGGAAAAGGAAAGAGUAUGUUCAAUAUUGAAUCAAGUAUUUGAGCACUCAAAAAUCAAGAAAUAAAAAAGAAUUUUAAUACAUUUAAAUAAACGAUGUACUUUAUUGCAACUAUUAUCUUCCUCUUCAUGUUCCAUCUUCCAUCGAAGGUUGGAAAUCAUCAUGACUAUCCACUACUGCAUUCACACAAUUCUGUCAAGUUCUUAAGCCAGAUUAUUCUUCAUGUUCCCACAUUUCACUUUCCUGGAAUUUUCCGUUACAUAAUAAAUUGUAAUAAUAAGUAUUUUUGUCCUCUCAUCACAUGUCCCCAAUUUUUGAUCCGUUGAUAGCUAAUAUUAUUUCCCCUUUAUUUCUCUAUUCUAAAUACUUCCACGUUUGACAUUCUUUGAAUCCAUGGUAUUCAUAGGAUUCUUCUGUAACAGCAAAAUUCAAAGCCAGUCAAACUUAUUUAGAUUGUUUAGUAUCCAUGCUUCCAAGCCAUAAAGUAGAGAAUACGUAACACCGAAGCAUCCUUAGGCGUAGUUGUUACCUUAUAUCCUUACAACAAAGAAACCUUUUAAGUUUAAUGAAUAUUUCUAUAAUACGUAUCUUAAUUUUGUAAUCUUAGGAAUAUGGCUAUCCAUAUUCCUAAAUAUCUGUGGGUAUCCAUACUUUCAAUAAUUACUGUAAUUAUUACAGUAUCGUCAAUAUUCAAUUGGAUGUUUGCAUCUGCUGAUUUAGUCAUGAUCAUGCACUUUAAAUUGUUCAAUCAUUCUAAUUGAACGAGAAAUUCAAAAAUGAUUUUUAAUUUGAAAUAUCUCAGUGGCCUACUAUUUUUAUCUGGUACUAGUACACUUUAGAAUAACAACAAUAAUCAUUUUUUUCAAAAAAAUUUUUCUCAGAACCUUUAUUAAAAAUGAACAUACAACUUCUUACAUAUUAAUAUCUAACUCUUAGAGAGUACAAAAAAUAUAUCUUUUUCAUUUAUGCACGUACACUAAUAUUGUAGAGAGCGCAAAAGUCGAGGCCUCCAAAAAUGAUGGCGGACAGUUAAUCUCAGGAAUGGGAUAUCUGAAACAAAAAAAUCGUACUGCAUUUGAAAGAGGAAGGUAUCUUACGCGACAAUUUACCACAAUUUGACCAAAAAAUAAAAAAAAUUUAACCAUGAAAAACUGAAGGAAAACGGGCGAUUUUUUCACAAAAUUUUUUCAAUUUUAACUAUUAUAAUGGGAAAUAAGCCACAAUAUUACUAAAAAAUGAUUUUUAUUAACGUUUCGACGCCCAAAUCUGGUGCCGUUGUCAAAAUACAAAAUACUACUAACAUAAACAAAAAUGUUGUUGCUUAGUAAAAAAAUUCUUCUAAUAAUUUAUUUAAUUUGACUCAUUUAUAUCGGCAAUUCAGAUACAUAUGAUACAUUUUAAAGUAGAAGACUUUAAAAUGAUAUUACCAAUAUUUAUGAGUUGCGUUCCUGGGACGACUUUACUGAAAGAUAGUUCAUUCGAUUACAUGAAAUCAACCCCAACUCAAGAAUAUCCGUCACAAAAAAAUCAUAGCAUGUGAUCUGUCUUUAAAAAGACAACCACAUGCAACGGUGACAUUAAAAUUCUCGCGUUAGAGAUCUCAUAGUAAAUCACGAGGGAAACCAGGAAAAACCUCGUGAUACUAUCCCGACAUCGUAAGUAUUUGUUCUUACAUUUAAUUUACUCUCAAAAUUAAUACCAAAUUCUGACUUUACUAUAAUUUUGUUUAAAUUAUAAAUAAUAUCAAUAAUACAUGGAUAUAUAAGUAAUACUAAAAUAUAAAAUAUGUACUAAUUCGACUAUUGACUUACUAAUUGUGGUAUUUUCUUUCUAUUGACUUCCUCUUUUUAAAGACAGAUCACAUGCUAUGAUUUUUUUGUGACGGAUAUUCUUGAGUUGGGGUUGAUUUCAUGUAAUCGAAUGAACUAUCUUUCAGUAAAGUCGUCCCAGGAACGCAACUCAUAAAUAUUGGCAAUAUCAUUUUAAAGUCUUCUACUUUAAAAUGUAUCAUAAUAUGUAUCUGAAUUGCCGAUAUAAAUGAGUCAAAUUAAAUAAAUUAUUAGAAGAAUUUUUUUACUAAGCAACAACAUUUUUGUUAAUGUUAGUAGUAUUUUGUAUUUUGACAACGGCACCCGAUUUGGGCGUCGAAACGUUAAUAAAAAUCAUUUUUAUUAAUAUUGUGGCUUAGUUCCCAUUAUAAAUAGUUAAAAUUGUAAAAAUGCCACAAGAAAAUAGCUUCAGAACAACAUUAAAUUUUUUCAAAUUUCUGUAAAAUCUUUGUUUUGCGGAAUUUUUCACUAAUGGUGAUAAAUUUUCACGUAAGAAACCUUCCUUUUUCAAAUGCCAUACAAUUUUUUUGUUUCAGAGAUCCCAAUCCUGAGAUUAACUGUCCGCCAUCGGAACUACUUUUUUUUCGAGGCCUCAAAUUUGGCGCCCUCUACAAGAUUAGUGUAUGUGCAUAAAUGAAAAAAGAUAUAUUUUUUGUAUUUUCUAAGAGUUAGAUAUUAAUAUGUAAAAAGUUGUAUGUUCAUUUUUAAUAAAGUUUCUGAGAAAAAAAUCUUGAAAAAAUGCUUAUUUUUGGUCUUCUAAAGUGUACUAGUACCUUAAAUAAAUGUGACCAUUACCCAUAUGCGCGCCAAUGAUGAAUAUACAAUCUUAAUUGUAGGUAUGUCAUAAAUGCACAGUUUCGGCAAAAUCGUAAAAAUGUGUAAAAUUUUUUGUUCUUCAACGCCCUGUAUCUUGAAAACGGAUGGCGUUACAAAAUUUUUUUAUUGAACAAACCCCAAUAAUUUUUUAGUUUUUUACCUAUCCUAGAGACGGUGUUACCUUUUUCUGAAACACCCUGUAUAAUAGCUCUAAGAGUAUUGGCAUAUGGAGCAGGAGGUUCCAAAAACUUCUUUGCUUGUAUUGAAAUUUGACAUAAAGUAUGCUGCAUUUCCAUUUUCUCUUUUCGGACAUCUUCCAAGUUGCCUUUUUAAUAUGCUACAGGAUAGCCACCUUCUUUGGCAACACAUCAGAAAUCUCCUUACCAGCAACUAUUUUUAGCACUCAUAGCAAACUUACUUUGUUGUAUAGUACCUUUCAAGGUAUUUUAGAAAACGGUAUCUGAAUCCCAUUACCAAGUAAUUUGUAAGUAUUUGAGUAGUAUUGCUAAAUUUCGACUAGUGAACAUACUGAAUACCAGGUAUAAUGAUUAAAAGAACAAUAGAUUAAAAUUUAUUAAUUUCAUUCUGGACCAAAAAUUUAACCACACCAUUCAAAUACAAAUGACUUUGUAAUAAGCUUAAGACUAAGGUUUUCUAAAAUAUUUUGAAAGGCACUAUACUUUGUUACUUUUAGAAUGAAUAUAAUAUGUCGAGAUGAAGAUGAUUAAAUUGUUUAGGAGUCAAAAUCCGUAACAUAAAAUCGACGUAAGUUUUGUGAAGUAUCAAAUAUCUUGUAUAGUUAGUUGUUGUAAAUAAAGGCAAUGUUCAGAAAAUUAAUUUAACUAAUAUUUAGUUCGAUUUAUGAUUAUUUUCUUUUGAGAAUAUUGUCAAUUUUUCUAUGUGUUUUUGCUUUUUGUAUGUGAACUAGUUUUUGCUAAAUAAAACUCCGAGAUAAUGAA